CCUUUCUUUGCCCCCCUCACUCACACGCUGUCACUCAGUCCCUCUCCCUCCCCUCCUACCCACACCCUGCCACUCACUUCUUCCUCCACCCUCACUCACUCCCUUUCCCUCCCACUUUCUGUCCUCCCUGUCAGCUCCCCCCUCCCACUCAUACUCCUGGCCCGGAAGAAAACCCAACCCUGCAGGAAGUAUAGGGGUCUCCUCCUCCCCCAGCUGUCUGUACCCCCCUUCAUCUGAGGUUUACCUCCCCCCGGCCGGCCGCUGACAGGGGGUGACCCCCCCAGAAGACAGGAGGUGGGAGUGUGAGAGACAAGAGGAGGGGAGCCAGGAGUGACAUUUUCAAGAUGGCGUCCGACCUGGGCAGCAGCUUGACCUCCAUAGACUGGCUCCCUGCGCUCACUAUCCAAGCCACCAUGAAAGGGACCCAACCUGGUGUGGGACGUAAAGGCCCUGGCUCCCCAAGUGAUUCCAGUGCAAUGCUAACAAAGGAGGAGGCAGCAGCCCAUCGAGACGGAAAACCGCCUUACAGUUAUGCCAACCUCAUCCAGUAUGCCAUUAAUUCAGCGCCCUCCAAACGCAUGACUCUCAGCGAAAUCUAUCGCUGGAUAUGUGAUAACUUCCCAUAUUACCGCAAUGCUGGUGUGGGCUGGAAGAAUUCCAUCCGUCACAAUCUAUCAUUAAACAAAUGUUUUCGAAAGGUUCCUCGGCCAAGAGAUGACCCUGGGAAGGGAUCCUAUUGGAUGAUUGACAGCUGUCCAAAAGAAGAUGUGAGCCUACCCAGAAGGAAAAGACCACACCCUGAUGAUGAGCUUUCCCAGGAUUCCAUUGAGCAAGAUGUCAAUAAAAGUCCUUUAAGUUCCACCAGCGAUGUGUCUCUACCCCCUGAAGGAGCUCAUGGACAGCACAUGGAAAAUAACUCUCCUCUCCCCAGCUACAGCCAGGCCACUCCUACUCACAUGCAGCCAGAGUCCAGAGCUGCUCCAUACAACAACAAUGACUGCUACAAAUUCUCAUUUUCCGAGAUCAAUGGUCCUGAUCUCAGCGCAUCCUUCCGGAGCCUUUACUACUCACUGCUGGGUAAACAGGGGCAAUCUCCAGCCCCUCCAGACGUCCAGUCAUCUAGCUGCUGUAUGUACCAGCAGAAUUCGGGGGCAUCCUCCUCAAUGCACCCGCACAGUGUCCCUAACAUCAACAACCCCCCACCUCCACACCACCAAACCCAGCACCAUCAGUCCUCCUAUCUAACCCCACAGCAAAUGCCCCGUCCUGCGGUACCUGGGAUGUCUCUAGGGCUGCCCAGUGACUGGUGCUCAAAUAUUGACUCCUUAAAAGAAAGCUUCAAGAUAGUCAGUAGCCUGGAUUGGUCCAGUGUUGAUUUAUCCCAGUUCUCAGACCUCAUGGAAAGCCUACGACAAGCAGAGCUGAAGAACUGGAGUCUAGAUCAGCAUCAUAUCGCCAACCUGUGUGACUCCCUAAGCAAUUUACUCAAUCAGACUGGCCUUCUGCCUCCCACACAUGGCCAAUCCAGCCCAUGCCAAGCACCCUGUCUACCCCCCACAACCAGCAGCUCCUGUGCAGUCCGGGGAGGAAAGCCUGGGCACACUAUGACAGCAGUAAACUCCUAUGGGCAGAACCAGCACCCCCCUGCAUCCUGUGGUCACAAUUUCAUUGCACCUCCUGGGUACCCCAUACAAACCCAGGCACCCCCUACAUACAGCCAGCAAGGACGCCACCCGCAGCGUGGGCUGUAUCCACCUCCCCGUCCCACACUCCGUUACCCGCACAGCAGUGAUGACAUCCAAGAUGACUUUGAUUGGGACUCCAUUGCCUAGAGACUCUGCACACCCGGUCCCCAUGGGACAGAACACAAACAGAAGCUGGUUAAACACACGUGUGUGUAUAUAUACCUAUAUAGAGUUGUAUAUCUUCGCCCGACAAUCAGGGACAAAAGGGAUCCCACUCUCCAGACUGAAAAAGAAUACAAAAAAUGCCCCCUUUCAUACUUCAGUGCCCUCCUGAUGCUGUGACUUACAGGGAGCCUAGGCAACACUUGGAACUUCAGUGACUUUUUUUCUUCAGUUGCCCCAUGAUGGGGCACAACUCCCAGUGCCAAGGAAUCUGGAGGUGCCAGUACAGCACAGAGUUACCUGCUCAGAUGAUUUAUUUAUGUAGCACUUACAUAUGCCACAGUUCAGUACAAAGUGUUAAGAAGGCCCAGUCUCCAGGAAUUUUACAAGUUUGGCAACAGACUCAUUGUGUCUAUCUUGGAUUUGUGACAUCUGUGUACCGUUGCUUAUGAAGAACUUGAUUCACACUUCAUCCCCAACCCCCCCUCAUUUAAUGCAUGUAAGUGGAGUAGAAGGAAGCCCUUAGAUCUGAGCAUCAUCUUUCCUUCUCUGCUGAGGAAUAUGUGACAUCACAAGGCCUGUAUGUAAGGCUCUCCCCUGCUUGAGCAAGUGUUCUAACUAAAGUUAACAGUAAAACCGGUCUGAUCUGCCUAACAAAGAUAAUCGAAAAAGGAUGAUUUAUCCUGGCUUCUGAGGACUAGUGUGGGGAAUGUCUACACCUUAUUAUCUAGGACAUACUGAUCCAAAUGUCUUUGCUGUUUCAGUAACUAGCUGGGAAAGUUUCAUGUCUUUAGGAUUCAACUAUAUCUGAAACUCUAUUUCCCAAGAAUUUCCUCCUCCUGGACAUUACAUCCCUGUAGUGAUACAACACAAAAAAAAUAGCUUCACAAUGCCAGUCAGACUUCCAGGUACAUGAUUACAGAGGUCUAGUUAGGGAAGAGGUUUGGUUCAAAAUCACUCAAAUAACUGUAAGAUGCUUAAUCUAUCAAACAGAUUCUACAGAAGUGAUAGUUGUUUGAUCAUUUACCCCAAGUAAACGCUUCCGCAGCAUUUACUGGGUGAAUAAUGCAAUGGAGGAAAAAAAAAAAGUUUCUAUAUGGCAGCUACUUCGCUGCCCCACGCUGCCUCAGGCAUGCUCGGACAUCUAAUGGAGAGAUGAAACACACAUGCAUAUGUACUUGGCAUAUUCUCCAGCAGUGCCUAAUGAACACAUACGUUGUGUCCACAGUACUGCAAC